AUGUACUCCAGCUUCGUGCCACAACUAGAAGCCAUUUGUGUCAAGGUAACAUCUGGAGAAAUGAAAGGUCAGGAAAAGCCAAUGCCCCCACUGGCCGUCAUCCAGCUCAAAACAGCAAGACAAAGACAGCCGCCCGGGAAGAAUUCCAGCCUGGUGGGGCUCCAGGUUGCUAGCUCUCAGCUGCUCAGAGUACAGCCCCAUGUGAGCCUUGGGCCACAGCCACACUUCCUGAGUGACUCACCGCAGCCUCCUGCUCAGUUGUUUGUACAGAGACCACUGCCUGCCCUCCAACCAGUCCCUGUGAAGAAGGUCAUGGUCCCCAAGACUCCAAAUGGACAGGGUGCCAUGUUGACCCCUUUGUCGGCCUCUGACCCACCUGCAAUAACUUCUGUUUCAUCCAGUUCAGCACAUUUAUUUAUUUCUAACUUGCAUACAAAAUGUACUGAGAAACUAAAAAAAUCUUUAAAAGUGAAAACACGUUCUGGACGGAUAUCUCGACCUCCCAAGUAUAAAGCUAAAGAUUAUAAAUUCAUUAAAAUGGAGGAUUUGGCAGAUGGUCACCUAUCAGAUUCUGAUGAUUAUUCAGAACUGAGUGUGGAGGAAGAUGAAGACCAGAGGGAAAAGCGGGCGUUCUUUGACUUAUCGAGCUGCUCCCUGAGGCCCAAGGCUUUUAAGUGUCAGACGUGUGAAAAGUCCUACAUAGGAAAAGGGGGGCUGGCUAGGCAUUUUAAACUGAAUCCAGGCCAUGGCCAGCUGGAACCUGAGAUGUUGCUGUCUGUGAAAGCCAAUGGGAAUGUGACCCAUGGGCACAUGGAGGGAAGGACCGCCAGCCUGACCUCCCUGGAGCUGUCCCCACCAUCUGCUCCAUGUGAGGGAGGGGCCCUCUCAUGCUGUGUCACAGGGACAGAGCCAGCACCUGGUGGCCUGCAGGUAAUGUUUCUGUCUGGGUGACAGUGUCCUCAUUCCUGCCUCUAUCCUUAAAUGAAUCUUUUCAGUGUCUGAUGGGGGUUCAGGUGAAGGUUCGAGCAGGACCAAAAUCAUCCUAGUGGGAGACCCAAGACCCCCACCGUUGUCUGCACUGCUG